AUGACAACGAGAUAUAAUGAUGACGAUGAUAGUGAGACAGAUGAGGAGGAUAUAGAUGGAUGGAUGGAAAUUGACGAUCAAAUCAGAUUUGUCCCAGCUAGCAAGUCAAGCAUUGAAGCAGCCUUGAAGAACGUUUCUGGUUUGGGCAACAACAGUGAAUGUGCGAUUUGCCUUGAAAAGAUAAAGGGCGAGGAAUUAGCUAAGAGCAUGCCCUGCGGUCAUGUGUACCAUGGAGACUGCAUUGUUGAAUGGCUGGAGACGAGUCACUUGUGUCCAUUGUGUCGCUAUGCCAUGCCAAUUGAUGAAUCCCAUUAA